UUUAAGGUUACCGAUCUUUACUUUCGAUAUCAACUGCUUUGGACCUGAAAGCUGAAGCACACUCUUUUUGAUUCUCUAAACUAUAUCCGCAAAAAUGAGAGCAAUCAUCACUCUUGCACUUUUUUGUGUGCUGUACGUCACCGUACAGGGGAAAACAUCCAGUCCCAAGGUCCAGGUGUACAGCCAUUUCCCUGGAGAGUAUGGAAAGGAGAACACCCUAAUCUGCCAUGUGAGUGGCUUCCACCCUCCUGACAUCACCAUUGAACUGCUGAAGGACGGCGUGGUUCUCCCUGACACUCAGCAGACCGACCUGGCCUUCGAAAAGGGUUGGCAGUUUCACCUCACCAAGAGCGUCAAAUUCACACCAGAGAAAGGAGAAGAGUUUGCCUGCAGAGUUCGACACAUGAGCAAGACAAAUAACUAUUCUUGGGAGCCCAACAUGUGAAGCUCCAGCAGUCCAACGCAGACAAAGGACAGACGUUUUGGACAUUUUUCAUCAUCAAAAGAGACCAUUAUAUCUCGCUGUGCUGUCCCAUAAGCCUUUUACAAACCUGAUGUUGCUCAAGAUGCACUAUUCACUCAAAUUACUUUUUGCCUUCCGUGAUUGAUUUCAGCUUUUCUUUGAGUUGACAAUCUUUUUCAUCAUCACAGUAAGGAUAAUUUAAGUAAAGUUGUUCUUAUGCUUUUGGACGUUUUGGGUUCUUUUCACUGUUUCAUUCCUCUCUGUUUAAGUUUUUGUGUAAUACACAUUAGCAUUUAGGUUAUUGUAUAAACAAACAAGGCGAUUUUUGUCUAUUUUGGGGCUUUGUUUUGUAGUUAAAUAUAAAUAUUACUAUCAAUUCUCUCUUUUAAAACAGUUAAGACUAUUGAAACCAGGUUUUUAAUGAACAUGAAUAAUUCAACUUAACACUUUUUAGUGAAAAUGUAAUUCUAAGUGAGGGAAAAAAAAUAAAAUCUUAAAAACUCAA